CCCGUCAGGUGACUCUGCAUCUUGACUGGCCGUCCGGAGUGCGGGCACAUACUCAUACUGGCACGAGCACACUGCACUCGCACGCGGAGAGACAGAGCUGCUCGCGCCGUAGGUUUCCUUCCUGGGUAAGCUGGCUGAGAUACCGAUCGGAUCAAGGGAAGCCGCCCCGCCGAGCUCCAGAUGGCGACGGCGCCGCUCGGCGUGAGGCUCCUCGUCGGCGCCGAGGCGCGGCCCGCGCAUUCCCUCCAAGAUUCGGCCGAGGACGCCGCGGCCUUCCUCGCCUUGCCGGUCAGCCUGCUCGGGAAGGAGUGCCUGAUGGACAGCGCGGGCAACCUCUACGCCAGGGUCGAGGCCCUGCCCCGCGCGGCCGCGGCCGAGGGCGCGCUCCUCCGUGCACCGGCGGGCGCGGUCGUCGUCGGCUCCGCCAAGCGCCUGCUCGCCCUCGCCGGGGCAAUGAGAGAGGCGGAGGAGCGGCUGGCCGGCGGACCGGCCCCCACGGACCGCGCCGAGCCGAGCCUGGGGGCCAGCACGGCGGCCGACAUGGACAUCGACUCCGGCGGCGGCGCUGUCUCCACGAGCCGCCCGGGCGGGGAUCCGGGCGCCAAAAGGAGGCGCGGCGGCGACGACGACGCGCCGGGCGCAUUCCAGAGGCCGGCGAAGCGCCGGAUCCUCGCGUGGAGGGUCCGCCGCUACCGGUCCCUGGUGGCCAAGGCCAAGGCGACCGCGAGGAGGGCCAGGGCCCGGGCGACGCGGAGGAGGAGGACGGCCCCCUGGAGGAGCGUCCAGCAGCAACUCGCGCGCGCCACCCUGAGCUGCGACGGCCUGCACAGAUGGAGCCCCGGCGGCGGCGGCGGCGCUUAGCAAUAAGUAAGGUCCGACCUCAUGCCAAGGAAUGGGAUUAGCACUCCAGCAUUUUGUUUUGUCACUCUAUUAGUGUAGUGCCCCUUGAUCCCAAGGACAGGGAUGGUCAGCUCAGCUCAAUUAGGUCGGUGUUUCGUGAUCUCAUCCAAUUGCGUGUAGAAAUUCCAUCAUUAUGCUCUCAAAACUUGGUAGUGGGGAAUUAACAAGAAUUUAGACCAUUUACUA